GCUCGCAGCAGAUGCACUCUACCGUCCGUCCGACCGUCCUGGAACAUCUUCAGCUAGGUUACAUUGACAUUUUAUACCAGUAGCCUACCUAUUAUUUAAAUAGUUUCAGAACCAUCACUGAUUAUGGGGGAGGAAAUGUGUUUAUAAGAACGCUAUAAUAAGAAUUAGUAAGAAGUUGUUUCUUUCUCUCUCUACUUCUCACGGCUUUCUGAAAGACCGUGGGGAUUUUCGAGUUUUUAAAUCGUGCAGCGGUGAAGGGCUAUUGUUGUCUACUAUGCGUUAAACUUUUACAGACUUUUUACAGAGUCUUUAUCCCGUCUUGUGCCUGGACAGUCGCUCUAACGUCAGUGUGAUUGGAAAUAAGUUACAUUUUAACUUCUCCAACCGGAUGUCUGGCAGUCAGUAUGGGCAACUUGGGAAUUUGACAGUAUUUCAGACCUUUCUUUUUUCAGAAAUGUGACAUUUACUUAUAUUUUAGUGUGCCCUGAAUAGAGUACUACCGCAGACAGCAUGGGCAGCGGUGGUAGUAGGGGAAAGAAGGUUGCACCUGCGUCUGUAACAGAAGUAAACGUGUAUGAAACAGAGAAGGACGGCGAUCAGAAAGACGGUGGCUUAUUCAAGCCUUUCAAAAUUCAGAAACUGGCCGACUUCAAUCGGUCCUGGAGCGGAGCGCGACCUGACUGCCACAGUGAAGGAAACGACUCCGAAUUUUCAGCGGAUGACGACGAUAUUGAGGUAGAACUGGAUCGAGUGAUGGCUGAGUAUGAAACCAGGCGGUUUAAUUCCAAAAAGGGCUCACUGAAGAAGUCUUUUGAGAGGAGUGAAACGUAUGGAUUUUGUAACACCAGCAGAGCGUGUGGUGGCGAUCUCACAUCUACUCAUCGGUUUCACAGCUCGGAACCGCCUGGAAGGACUCACCACUCUAGUAACACUGGUUCUGUAAGAGCCAGCGACAAGGAACUAACUACCAUCACCCAGCCGUGGAAAAAUACACAGUAUGACCCCAAAAGCCACAGCAGAACGUUUCAGGACCCACCGGCACUUCGCAAAUCUGAGGACCAGGAUCUUGCUGAGGAGACAGCCCUUGUCCCCGGUUGUUGUGACGCGCCUGAUGGACUUACCCUGCCCGUCAUCCUGUAUAACGGAUCCGAAGAGGAUUUGAUGGAAACAAUCGAAAGGGAAUUCAGUUGAGAAAUCUCUCACAAUCUCCAGUUGUAUUUUACUUUCUAAGGACUGGCUGAAAUUACUACGUGUGGAGAGUAGUGGUACUGUGGAAGAAAUAAUUAUUGGCUAAACUAUAUAAUUAUUUAAAACUGCAUUGCGCACGUGCCUAAAACGAGCAUUGUCCAAUAGCUUAUGUGAACACGUUUUAUUAUUCAUUUUGAAUGAACGAAAUAUGUGAGUAUCAUGAUCAACUGCAAAGCUUAAAGAUUUGUGUGCUCAUGAUUGCAUGCACACAACAAGCACACAUACGAAUAUAUUAUAUAGCCUAGUUACAUAAGUUACCAGGUAAAUUAAAAUGGCAAUGUUGUGUAAGUAGCUAAUUAUGCCUCUGUAAACACAUUAUGAAAUAUUCAGAUGAAAAUAGUUUUCAGUUCUGGAGCACAGCUGGGCUGUUGGCUUUGUGUGCAGGGCACUACGUUGUCACAGGUCAGUGGAGGUCUGGCAACUCUGAAAGUUCCAGUUGCCACUGGUUACUGUGACUCACCUGUAAGUACCAACACAGGCACAAAGCUGUUUUCUAUCUGCGUUGCUAUGGUAAUGUGACUAGGCUACUCUUGGGGGAAUAUUUAACAAGAGCUAGUCACCCUUCCGCAAGUUAAUCUGGUAAAUGUUUACUUAUUUUCAUAUAGAGUUGAUGUUAAUAGUUAUUUCUGUUUGCUGGGGGGCAAACAACAGCCUUGCCAUUAUUUUUUUAUUUUUAUGACAGUUUCAGUUCUUCUUUUUGAACCAAAUAUAUUUUGUAAAAUAGAACCACAAAUGUUACCUCAGAAAAUGUAAAUAAAUAAAAUAUUUUUGUUGGGUUACGUAUAAAUAAUACAUCUGUAUAAGACACUACUUCUGCCUGCUCUUACGAAGCUGGAAAUGUGUACAAGGCUUCAGGAGAAAUAUAUUCCAUAUGCUGAAUUCAGAGGAGAUUUUCCUUAUUUGUUACAGACAAAUGUUGGGUACAUUUAAGGGUACAGAUGGAAUGUUUUUCUUGCCUGGUUGGGGAAGGUAUGUUGGAAUGUAUAUUUGAGGUCUGUUUCCUGCCCACAAUUGCUCCACUCUGCGCCCCCUUCCUGUUAGAGGAAUUUGCAGCAGCAGAAUGGCUCAGUACUCCCAUUGCUGCCAGUUUGCUUACAGCUCGUGCAGACCAAUUCCAUCCCCACUCCACACUGCCACCACGUGGACAGUUGUGGUUGUUCCUUAUCACUAUUCAUUUACCAUUCUUGUUUUGUAUUUUCCAGAAACUAUAUCAUACUUUAUAUAGUACUUUAUAUAGUACUCAUUGUACUUUCAUUACCAGGAUUAUCAUUAUGAUGUAUUAUCAUAACUUUACUCAUCAUCUACAUUUUUGUAUUUAUUCCUUAUGGGAACUGAAACCUGGUUGUUGUCUGGUAAUUAUGGGACUGUAAUGUGAAGCUUUACCAGCUUUUUACAGAAUAAUAUUGGAUUUUAUUGUAGCAAGUGUACAGUGCAGUCUAAAAGUAUUAGUCAAUUGGCUGAUCAAAUGUUUCUUGGACAGGUGUGUUGUCUAUUUUAAUUGUUAGUUCAUGCAUUAAAGAGAUAGUACAAGGUCUAGAGUUGAUUCUCGGAGUGCCAUUUGGAGUCUGUUGUUGUUGUCUCUCGACAUGAGGACCAAAGAGGUGUCAAUGCUAGUAAAGCAGGCCAUCAUUAGGCUGAAAGAUCAAAAUAAAUAAUUCCGAGACAUAGCCAAAAAAAUAUGUGUGUCAAAAGAAACAGUUUGGUACAUUGUUAAGAAGCAAGAACACACUGGUGAGCUCAACAGUUACACACAACCUGGUAGACCACAGAAGACCAGUAUAGUGGAUGACAGAAGAAUCAUUUGAAUGCUGAAGAAAAAUCCCUUUGUAACUGUUCAAUUGAUCAAGAACUCCAGGAUGUAGGUGUAGAUGUGUCAAAGAUGACCAUCAGGAGAAGACUACACUAGCAUAACCUCAAAGAGUUCACCACAAGAUACAAACCCGUGGCAAGCCUCAAGUAUAGAAUGGCCAGAUUACAGUUUGGAAAAACCUACAUUUAAAAACCUUUAGAGUUCUGGAUAGAUGAGACAAAGAUGAAUCAGCACGAGAGUGAUGGAAAUGGGAAAGUGUGUGCAAAAAAAGGAACAGCUCAUGAUCCAAAGCGUACCGCCUCAUCUGUCAAACAUGAUGGAGGUAGUGUUAUGGCUUUGGCAUGUAUGGCUGCCACUGGAACUGGCUCUCUUGUGUUCGUUGAUUAUGUCACUGCUGAUGACAGCAGCAGGAUGAAUGCUGAAGUUUCCAGAAACAUCUUGUCUGCUCAGAUCCAAACAAAGCAAUCCAUGCAUCAAAACUGAUUGGACGAUCCUUCAUCAUGCAGUGUAAGACUGAUCCAAAACAUACAGCCAAAGUGAAAUGUUCUGAGCAUGCAUUUUGCUUGUUGAAGACCAGACUGAAGCCAAAUCGCCACCAGAACAAGCAGGAGCUGAAGAGGGCUGCAGUACAGGCCUGGCAGAGCAUCACCAGGGAAGAUACACAGCAUCUGGUGAUGUCUAUGGGUCAUAGACUUCAGGCAGUGAUUGAUUGCAAAGGAUUAUUAAAUAUGAUGACUUAUUUCAGUUUGUGUUUGUUUGUCCAAUUACUUUUGAUCCCCUAAAAUUGAGGGGUCACAGUCCAAAUACAUACAAACUGCACUGUACACUCGCUACCAUUAAAUCCUAUAUUAUUCUGUAAAAAGGUGUUAAUGCAUUACAUUACAGUCCCAUAAUUGCCAGGUCUCAUUUCUAAUAAGGAAUAACUAUUGUUUGUUUGCUGGGGUACAGAGCGAAAACAACAAAAAAUGUGACAAUAUCUAAAUACUUACAGACUGCACUGUAUUAAAUACAAGAUAUGCGAUAACAGAAGCAACAACAGCAAUAACUUGGGCACAGAGUUCCCAGUAACACUAAGUUUAAUGUUUAAUGUGAUGAAAAUUUUUAACGAAAAGUUAAGACCUUGGCAUAUUAACCCAUGUUAAAGUUUGGUGCAUGUAAUUCUGGGAGAUUAAGGGCUGAUACUGGGUCUGGGUAAAUCUUCCUUAACAUCUCUCCAGAUGUUAUAAACCUAAAAUAUAUAUGUAAAAAUAAUAUUGAGACAUGGUUCCUGCAAACUGAACAAUUUUAAAUUGUGCUAUUUCCAUCCUAAGGGUACUAUUAAAAAAAUGAGGUAGUGGCUUACAUAUUUGAACAAAUGGGUGCUCAGAUCAUGUUGUACCACUGUUCCCGACAAAAAUCUAUUUAGAAUCAAAUAGCUUGUAGGAAUAUUUAAGUUUUAAGUUCAUUUUGGUAAAUUAACUAGGACAAACUAGUGGUUUGUUACUGUCAAAUUUUUA